GGUUCCAACGUCCUUGUACUAUGGAGUGGCUUGGAAUUCUACUAGAAAAUGUAGUGCCACCUACAUUUUUUUGGGGUGUUAAGAGCUUUCCUCUUUCUGGGGGUUGCGUAGGGUAUGAGGUUUAAUAUUUGUUUGCCUUAUGUAAGUGUUAAUUGUUUCUGAGUGGAUUAGUUUAGAUUAAAACUUGAGUCCUUUUUUCAGCGCAUCUAAGCUUUUCCCAAAUUUAAUAUACUGUUAUCUGACCCAUUCCAGUUUAAGCUUGAAGUUGUCUGUUUUCAAGAAAUUACGAGAAGACUUAAUGUCUAUAUAUCUUCUAUAACUUCCAUAUGAAGCUUGCAAUUAUUAGUUUUGUAUCAAGCAGAUUUCCUCUUCGUUGAAAUUCGUAUAUGUGAAGACGUAGUAUUCACACCAUUACAUUUGCCCAUAAUACUAUCUGUUACAUAUUUUCCUCUUCUUUGCAGCAGUGAAAAGUUAUUUCCUUGCCUUCUUUUUUUGUGCUUCAUGUGCUGCAGUAGAAAGUUUUUUCUAUGGGAUAAAAAUCAAAUCCAGAUUUUAUAUUUCCCCCCUAUGAAGCUAAUUAAUUGAGAUAGAGUGAAAAAUUGUGUAGCUAAGCUUCAGAUCAAAUUUCCAUAUAGAUGUAUGUUACUUUGAAUAAAUAAAUUAUUUUCAUUCUAAAUCACCUCUGAAGUAUCUUCUGUUGAGCAGAAUAGUUCCUAAGGAUUGUGAUGUUGGUAUUCAAGUUCUCGUUGUUGUUUCGUCUCAUCUUUUGUUGUGGUUUGCAGGCACAUGAGAUAGAUCAUUUGGUUAUUCCGACCAGAGAUUACCUAUUUGCUCCUUCAUUUGUGGAUAUUAAUAGAGCAGUUGAUUUCAUUCACAAGAAUGCAACUUGCUGUAAGGCUACUUAUGUGCACUGUAAAGCAGGGAGGGGAAGGAGCACAACAAUUGUGCUUUGCUAUUUGGUUGUGUAUAAACAAAUGACUCCUGCUGCUGCAUUGGAAUAUGUCCGGUCUAUAAGACCUAGAGUGCUGUUGGCUCCUUCCCAAUGGAAGGCAGUCCUGGAAUUUAAGCAGCGGAGAUUAGCUUCUACUGCACUACCUCCGGCAGGGGAUGUUGUUGUGAUUACAAAAGCAGAUUUGGAAGGGUAUAAUAGCCCAUGUGAAGAUGUUUCUAGCAAGGAGCUUGCAUUAGUCCCCAGAGUGGUGAGGAGCAGGCCGAUGAUUGCAAUGUUAUCCUGCCUCUUUGCAUCCCUCAAAGUUUCUGGUGGCUGUGGACCCAUCCCAAGGCAGCUGACAGAGGCACGUGCCUGCUGAGCUCCUGUGCGUUUUGGUAAGCUGGUUGCUUGUACAGAGGAGCAUCACGGUAAUAAGGUGAAUGGAAAGAUCUAUUUCCCAUGCUUUCGGUAGUCUUGUGUUUAAGAGAGAAUAUGAGAAAUAAUAGAAAUGCAAUUAGUGACAGUGGAAGAGCUUUUCAAUGAUGUGUAACCCUUGUAUGACUUGAAUUGUAUCUCUAUGUAAUUGCAUCAGUUUUUGUUAGUCAUGUCUUCAGCUCAUAUAC